GGUUACUAUUCAGUUUAAGACUUGAAGCGCGUUUCUUUGUCAACAAAAAACAUUACAUUGAUUAACCUCGUUUCCUUCUUUCUUCUUCUGUCACGCGAUCAGACACACACAGAGCCAAGGUUUCAGCUUCAUUCAUGACUUGUUGCACUCACCUCGUUCUUCUUCUACCACCAUCACUAGCUUGAACCUCAUCUCAAUUAAUCCCAAAACCCUAUUUCUAUUCUCACAAGGUAAUUAACAAACAACAUGCAUCUUCCUUUUGUUCAUUCAUUCAACUUCAUUCCAUCACCGACUCAAUUUUCCCCUUUUGCGGCAAUUAAUUCCAUGGUCAAAAUCCAAAAUCUUGUUCUCCAAGACAAAGGAAUGGUUUUUCCUUUUCUGUGAUGCCUUGGGAUCAAAACCCAUAUUUCCAAAACUGCAAACACAAACCGGAAAACAUGGUAGAUGGAGCCAAAACAGAUUAGGGUUUCUUUUUAAGCUUUCGUGUGCAACACGAUGGAAUCAUCAUCAUCAUCAUUAUCAUCACCUUCGUUGUCGUCUAAUGGAAGUGGAGUUGUAAAUAGUAGCAGUAGUGAUAAUAAUAAUAAUAGCACUGUAAAUUGGUUUGGGGUGAGUUUGCCUUUUCGUUCUCCGGUUUCUUUUGUGAUUGAUUACUGGAACAGUAGUAGUGAUUCUGCUGAGCCGGUUGUUGUGAUUCCUAAUCCGCGCCCUCGGUCUCGGAUUCAAUCUGAUUCUGGUUCUGGUGGUGGUGGUGGUGGUGCUGUGGAAGUGGCUAUAAGCAUUGUUGGGAGAGGAGAUCAAUUGGGAACUUCAUCAUCAGAGAAUCAGGUAGGGGAACUAGGGUGUGAGGAAGAGAUCAUGAGUGGUGAGCGUGUGCGUGUGGCCAUGUCUGCAGAGGACCGGCGUGCAUUUGCUGCUGACAAUGUUCCUCUGGUGGCUCUGCCUAAUGCUAUUAGCGGUAUCCCUCGGGAUUCCUCUUCUCCGUACGGGAGAUUGGAUGUACAGCAGAUUGCAAAAUGGAGUGAACAGAUACUCCCUUUCGCCCUCUUGUUGUUGAUUGUUUUCGUCCGCCAGCACUGGCAAGGUUUCUUUGUCACCAUCUGUGUAUCAGCUGUGAUGUUCAAAUCAAAUGAAAUUGUUAAGAAACAGACAGCUCUAAAGGGAGAUCGGAAAGUCUCUGUACUUCUCAGCAUCGCUUUUGCCUUCAUGUUUUAUGUGAUGUGCAUUUAUUGGUGGCAUUGUAAUGAUGAUCUUCUGUCCCCACUGGCAAUGGUUCCGCCAAAAGCAACACCACCAUUUUGGCACACAAUAUUCAUUGUUUUGGUUAAUGAUACAUUGGUGAGGCAAGCAACAAUGGCUUUCAAGUGUUUGUUGCUUAUCUACUACAAAGAUAGCAGAGGCCAUAAUUUCCGUCGGCAGGCUCAAAUGUUAACUCUGGUUGAGUACACACUGCUGUUGUAUCGGGCUUUGUUGCCAACGCCAGUUUGGUACCGAUUUUUCUUGAACAAGGAAUAUGGAAGUCUCUUUUCAUCACUGACCACAGGAUUGUAUCUAACUUUCAAACUAACAUCUGUAGUUGAGAAGGUCCGGUGUUUCUUUAGUGCUUUAAAAGCAUUAUCAAAACAUGAAGUUCAUUAUGGGGCUUAUGCAACAAUGGAACAGGUAAAUGCUGCUGGUAACCUUUGCGCUAUAUGCCAGGAGAAGAUGCAUUCUCCUAUCUUGUUGUGCUGUAAACACAUGUUCUGCGAAGAGUGUGUAUCCGAAUGGUUUGAGAGAGAACGGACUUGCCCAUUAUGCAGGGCAUCGGUAAAACCCGCUGAUCUGCGGACCUUUGGAGACGGAUCAACAAGUCUGUUUUUUCAGUUGUUUUAACACCUUGUUUGGCUUGUAUCAUGUUUUUGAGCCAAAAUCUUCCUGAAUAAUUUCAUAUUUAGAACUGUGAUUUGGUAAUAUUUUCCAUCAAUGGAUGCUAUGAAUUUAAGAUGGAAGGAAAGACUAAAGUAACAUUGCAUCUAUGGCAAAGUUCUUUUGUAGCUUAAAUGAAAAGUUAUUUAUAGCUUAA